AUGUCACGUCGCAAGCAGCCUGUUCCUCGACACAUUGAAACAGAGGAUGAGCUUGCUACCAUCUUGCAAAACGGUGAAAACAGUCAGUCACCAACUUCCUCACCAGGAGGUGAUGCACAUGUUUGUGGUAAGUGCCGCGAAGAAUUUCCAGACUUAGCCACUUUUCUGGCUCACAAAAAAGCUUGCAGUCAGAAACGAGUGGUAGUGUUCUUUGAUGCCAACGACAGUGAUAACUCACAGAGUGACAAUCAUUUAGAGCGAAGCAGCAAAAUCCCGAGAAUGAGCAAAGUAUCCGAUGUGACCGCUCGUGACGGCUCAGACGGCGAGACUCACAUGGACCAAUCGGAGGAGGAAGAAGAGGAGGAAGAUCAGACAGAGGCCUUCGGGGACGAAAUGGACGAAGAGGAUGGCAUAAUGGAGGACUCAUACCUUAAUGGUGAAGUGUCAGACGAAGAUGAUUUGGAUGAUAUUGAUGAAAUAAAUGACAAAGAAAAUGACUAUGGAAAGUUAUCGUCAGAAAGUAAAGCUGACCUCUCUUUACAACUUCCCCAGUUUAUGUUGCCAUUUUCAUCUUUUUUACCCACCAAUAACAAUGUCACUUUAGAGCCAAUAACUGCCACUAAGGCAGCAGUGGCUCAGUUUGCAGAGAACAACUUGCCUCCCUCAGACUUAGCCAUGUUACACACCACACUGUACAGCCUACAGCAACAACAGCUAGUGCAGUUGCAGCUGAUACAACAGUUACAGCAACAGCUAUUAAUGGGAAUGUCCAGCUCCUCACCACUGCCCAAUGGUCAUCUCUCACUCCUCACACCACCUGUUUCCUCGUCAACAUAUCCUCUGAAGGAGUUGACCUCGUGUAUCCAAUCAGCUGGACUGCCCGAAAUCACUAGUGCAGACCACACUUCUACAGUAUCCUCAAAACCCUCCUCAUCAGAAUCAUCAUCAAUGGUUUCAUCUUCAUCAACCACCACACCUUCGCUGUCCUCCAAGCCUAUUCCAUCAUCGCAACCACUCCCUAGCAACGAUGCUGUAUCCAAGGCCACUGUGGUGCCAGAAACAUCUGAUUUCGCCAGGCUGUCAAUGUUGGUUGAGAGAUCCCAGUUUGUUAGUGAUGAUCCAUUCUUCCGUCACAAGUGUCGCCUGUGUCAUAAGGUCUUUGGCAGUGACAGUGCCCUUCAAAUCCACAUACGUUCUCAUACAGGGGAACGACCCUUCAAAUGUAAUAUCUGUGGGAACCGCUUCUCCACCCGAGGUAACCUCAAAGUGCACUUUGAGAGACACAAGGCCAAGUAUCCACAUGUAAAGAUGAACCCGAACCCUGUUCCUGAGCAUUUGGACAAAACACCACCAAUGCCACUUCUGGGAUCGCCAUUCCAUAACAUCACCACACCACCUCCUCUCUCCUUGUCCUCUAGUAUGAUGGGAUCCUCUCAUGUACCACUGCCUCCACCGAUCACCUCCGUGGCUCCAGCACCACUCCCACCAACGGCGCAUUCUCGGCCAAGAUCUGACAGCAAGUGCUCCGACGACAAGAAGCCUUUACCUAGUCCCAAGCUGUCUCCUUCUUCUGCUGUCAGCACCACCCCUUCAUCUGUUGUAAGUGACCAUUCUAGUGGGAAGAAGUCUCCAAUUGAUGAUGCUUCUAAGGCAGUAUCUUCAGCAUCAGUAUCAGCACUACUACCACCUUCCUUACCAAUCAGCUCUAGCACUUCAGAUCAGAAUGAUAGCCAGCACAAGCCGAUAUCUAGUCCCUUCAUGCUGGCCCCACCUUCAUCGCAGAUGCCACCGGUCAUGUCACACCCUCUGUUAUCUCCACUGUCCUCCAUGCAUCACUCACUUCCACCGCCACCGCCUCCACCACUCAUGUCGGCAGUUCCAUUUGGCCAGCCCAGUGGUCGGGACUCUAUCUUACCUGCUAAGAUGAUUGACCAUGAUGAAAGCUUAGAGCAGUAUAUGGAGAUCAACCGAUCAGAAACCUCCAAACUUCAACAGCUGGUGGACAACUUAGAAAAUAAGGUGUCUGACCCAAACCAGUGUGUUAUAUGUCACCGUGUACUCAGCUGCAAGAGUGCUCUCCAAAUGCACUACCGCAUCCAUACUGGAGAGCGGCCGUUCAAGUGCAAGAUCUGCGGCAGGGCCUUUACAACCAAGGGCAACCUCAAGACCCACAUGGGUGUCCAUCGCAUGAAGCCUCCACUUCGAAUGAUGCACCAGUGCCCUGUGUGCCAUAAGAGUUUCACCAAUCUGCUGGUUCUGCAGCAACACAUUCGCAGCCAUGCUGGAAUGCAGGGUCUUCACCCAAUGCCUCCUGUGGAACCCAUGCGUAUGUUCCAAGAUAUGCACCCACCAAUGCCAAGCUGGGCCCCAAGGCCAUUUGACCUGUCAAUUAAACCAGACCCAGAGAAGGAGCUAGAUUUGCGUAAGGCCAAAGACUCCAGUUCUGGGGGUCAUCAUAAGGACCAAGAUCAAGACAGCGGCGAUGAUGUUAACAGGGAUGAUUAUAUGGACAAUGAUAGUUUUGAUGACAUGGAGGAUUGUGAUGUUGAAGAGGAUAUGGAAUUGGAGGAGGAUCGCGAGAGGAUGAAGAAAGAAUUGAUGGAUGAAGAUGGUGAAGACGCCACAAAUCACAAUUUACCUCUGGACAUUAACGCUAAACUUGAUGAGAAUGACAAGAACAAGAAGGAAGAUUUAAAAAGACCUGCCUCAGCAACCUCUGAUGGAUCUCAGGAUUUGGAAAGGUCUUUGAGUCCCAAAUACAUUAGUCGUUCACCACAGAUGGCACCAGAUAUGCCUAUUUUCUCAUCAUUCGGUUCCACAAGCUCUGCACCAAUCUUCAACACUUCACUUGCCGCUCUAGAGGAACGUGUACGCGCAAUUGACGCAUCCAUGGCUCAGUCACCAUUGCAUCACUUCAGGCCAAUUUCUCACAUGAAUGGUUUGCCAAUGUCACUGCCCAACGGUGACACCUCACCAACCUCUCCAAAUAAUCAGUACGAAUCAGGGUCAGAGGGUCAUAGCGGGGAGGAUGGAAGCAAACCUGGUACUCCGGCACUGUCUGUCACCAGUGAUGGUGGAAGUUCUAUUGGAUCAGGUAGUGGUUUCAUGAUGGAUGCCAGUGACCACCGCAGAACAAGCACAACAUGCAACAUUUGCAUGAAAACAUUUGCCUGUAGAAGUGCUUUGGAAAUUCACUACAGAAGCCACACAAAGGAACGGCCGUUCAAGUGCAACGUUUGUGACCGUAGCUUCUCCACCAGGGGAAAUAUGAGGCAGCAUAUGCUAACACACAAAAUCCGGGAUUUACCCAAAUCAUUCAAGGAAAACGGUGAUAGCAAAAUGAGUGAGAACAAUAAUUCAUUAGAUGCUCCUGAUAUGGAACAGGGCAAGUCUACUCAGGAAUUCUCUAGCAACCGAUCUGAUUCAUCAACCACCUCAGGUUCUUCUACCCACCACACAACAUCUUCUACCAGUCCCACCGCCACCACCACCAAUACCACGAAUUCGCGCGACGGUGACCACUCACCUUUUGUUCGGGAAGCGCCUCUGAAGCAUCAAUGUCAAGUCUGUCAAAAGGGGUUCUCUAGUGCAAGUGCACUCCAAAUACAUAUUCGCACGCACACUGGAGACAAACCCUUUAAAUGUACUGUCUGUGGAAAGGCGUUCACCACCAAAGGCAAUCUAAAAGUACACAUGGGAACACAUAUGUGGAAUAACAGUCCCUCGCGACGUGGACGCAGGAUGUCUAUUGAGCCUCCAUUCAUGAUGGCCCACAAAGACAACCCAUAUUUAGCAGGAUUUCCUCAUCGAUCCCCAGACUUUUUCCCAUAUCAAUUCCCACCAUUUAUGGGGGUGACACCACCAAAAAUGAAUGAAAUUUCUGUGAUCCAGAAUUUGGCAGGGGGAUUAGGACAUAUGCCCCCCAUGUCUCUCCCACAGGAGAUGACAUCCCCACGUAGUAGUAGUAGUGUUUCUAAACCCACAGACUCUUUCACCAAUGGGAAAUCAGACUGGAAACUAAAGAGUUCCUCAGAAGGUCGCAACACAGACUCUCGUAGUAGUGCAUCUAGUUCAGGUGAGCUUGACCUGAGCAUGAAGUCUUCACGAUCAUCACCCUCACCCCCCAGCACCUCUUCACUGCCUGACAAGGUCUCGUCUUGGUCCAGUAAGGGUUAUCACUCCUCACCAAGUCCAAUUGACCAUCACAGUCAGCCCUUCCACCUGAAGGGUGAAUCUGCCCACAAAGGGGUUGUAGCCUGAGGUUGCCAUAACAA